GUUCCUGUGUGACACGUGUACGCGUGUGUGAUGGAGUGCGAGCUUUACAACAGAGAAGUUUUAUGAACGCUUUCCAGUACUCUGUUGAUCUUCCUCGCCAUUGCUUAUCAGUCUUUACACGUUUGCUGUUGGGACUCUUUAUCACUUCACAAUCAUGGCGACAUCAAUGCCCACGCUGGCCAAUUUUGAUGUCCACUCCGACCCUUCCUCGCUAUUUUCUCGCUGGCAGAAAUGGAUUAGGAGGUUUGAAGGUGCUAUGACAGGGUUUGGCAUCACAGAUGAUGGCAGGAAGAAGGCGUUACUUCUACACUACGGGGGAGAAGACCUGGACGAUGUCUUCCAGACUCUCAAACCCACUGACAACACAUAUACCAAGGCCAAAGAGGUGUUGGAAACGUACUUCCAACCAAAGCAGAACACCCUGUAUGAAACAAUAAUUUUCAGAAGGGAACGUCAGCAGCAGGGAGAGAGCAUUGAUCAAUACUGCACUCGGUUGAGAAAACUAGCAGAGCGAUGCAAUUUCACGGAUGCCGAGCGGGAACUCAAAACCCAAAUCAUCGAGGGUUGCCUGUCCAGUCAGCUUCGGAGGAAGGCGCUGGAGAAAGAUCGCGGGCUGGAAGAGAUACUCGAACUAGCACGAUCCAUCUCACUAUCGGAAACCCGCACAAAGGAGGUUGAGCAUGUAGGACGUGCAGAAGCUAAUCACCUCCGUACAGCUGCAGGAAAGCAGAAGCAGAGUCGCUCAUGGGGCAAGGCCAAGCCCAAACCUACUCCUGAUCAUAAGCAACAAUGCUAUCACUGUGGCGGGAGCUAUCCGCAUGCCAAGAAGUGUCCUGCAAAAGGAAUGACCUGCAACGCCUGCGGAAAACCCAAUCAUUUUGCAAAAGUCUGCAAAUCUGCCGAGAAAUCUACAAAAGACCAGAAAAAGAGGGUGAAAGGCGGAGGCAAGGCUAAUGCGCUAACAUCUGUAGAGGAUGCAGAGGAGACCAGUGAUAGUGACUAUGUCUUCCAACUCUCUUCAUCGGAUACUGACCAGCCUCGAGCUACAGUUUGCGUAAACAACACUCCAGUUCAAGCUCUCAUCGACUCGGGCGCAACUGUCAACGUCAUGAGCAGAAAAACAUACAAUCUGCUAUCUGACUGCCCGAAACUUAACAGGAAUCGACACAAGGUGAAAAUAUUUUCCUAUGGAAGCAAUGAACCGCUGCCAACAAUUGGCACAUUCAAGUGCACGAUCAGCUUCAAAGAUAACACGACCACUGCUAUUUUCCAUGUCGUUGAAGGGGACAGCGACACCCUUCUGAGCUGCAAUACGGGAAUUGCACUUCGCAUGAUUGCACUUACAUAUGCGAUUCCAUCUGCCACUGAUCUGGAGGACCAGUAUGCCGAUCUCUUCAAAGGACUCGGUAAGCUGAAAGGAACCACAUGUACGCUGCAUGUAGACCCAGAUGUCCCUCCAGUUACUCACCAACAUCGCCGCGUACCUUUUCAUGUAAGAAAGCAGACAGAGAAAGAGCUUGAUCGUCUCAAGAAGCUUGACAUCAUCGAGCCAGUACAAGGUGAGCCCACUCCCUGGGUAUCACCCAUCCAGGUUGUGAAAAAGCCUAACAGUGAGAAUGGUAUUCGGAUCUGCGUUGACAUGCGUGCCCCUAAUCGUGCAAUUAAGCGGGAAAGGCAUGUCACACCUACCAUUGAUGACAUUAUCCAGAAGGUGAAUGGCGCAAAUAUCUUCAGCAAACUGGAUUUGAACGCAGGCUAUCACCAGAUAGAACUAUCGGAGGAAUCAAGACACCUGACAGUGUUUUCUACGCACGUCGGUCUUUUCCGAUACAAAAGACUGAACUUUGGAGUAAACUCAGCUGCUGAGGUGUUUCAGCACAUGAUCCAGACUGCCCUGCAAGGACUUGAUGGAUGCCUGAAUAUCAGUGAUGAUAUUCUGAUCUACGCUAACACGCCAGAAGAGCAUCAUACGCGCCUACAUGCCUGCCUACAACGACUGAGAGAAUGCAACCUGACACUAGGCAGAAAGAAGUGUCAGUUUGGCAAGCGUGAGAUCGAGUUCUUCGGACAUGUUUUCUCCAGUGAUGGUGUCUCACCUGAUCCGCUGAAAGUCCAGGCCAUCGCUUCUGCGCAAGACCCCACUAAUGUGCAGGAAGUGCGGAGUCUUCUCGGACUUGUAACCUAUUGUAGCAGAUUUAUCCCAAAUCUGGCUACACUCUCCGCUCCACUUCGUGAUCUCACAAAGGACAAGGUGAAGUGGGAAUGGACUUCGCAACACAAGCGAGCAAUGCAGGAGAUUAGAAAUAGCCUUUCGGAGGAAUCCACAAAUGCGUUCUUUGAUCCCGAAAAGUCGACGCAGCUGAUCGUCGACGCGAGUCCAGUAGGUCUUGGUGCGCUACUUGCACAGACAACCAAGGAUGGAAAAACAUCGGUGAUCGCAUUCGCGAGCAGAUCCCUGACACCCGUUGAGCAACGCUAUUCGCAGACGGAAAGAGAAGCUCUUUCCAUCACAUGGGCGAUUCUUCACUUUCAUCUCUACGUGUAUGGCAGUAAUUUCACGGUGAUUACUGACCAUCGUCCGCUCGUUAGUCUCUUCAAUAACGCGAAUAGUAAGCCACCAACGCGUAUUGAGCGCUGGAUCUUGAAGUUGCAGGAAUAUGAAUUCUGUGUCACCUACGAGCCGGGCAAGACAAAUCCGGCCGAUUAUCUCUCGCGACACCCGCUACCGUCCACGCAAACCACUAGCCGCGAGGAGAAGGCUGCUGAGCAGCAUAUCAAUUUCAUCAGUGCGCAUGCGGUGCCAAAAAUGAUGUCUCUGCAAGACAUCAAGGAUGCAACCAAAGCUGAUGAAAGUCUCAAUCUAUGCAUGGAAGCGAUCAAAUCAGGCUCAUGGGAAAAGGUUGUGAAAGAAUCGCGUAAUGAUGAAAUCGCUAGCCUGAAAUCUGUAAAAGAUGAUCUCACAGUAAACGCGACCUCUGAUCUCGUUCUACGCAAUAAUCGCAUUGUGGUUCCAAUGGUGCUAAGAGAGCGUAUUGUUGAUAUCGCGCAUGAAGGUCACCAGGGAGUUGUUAAGACGAAACAGCUCCUUCGAGAAAAGGUUUGGUUUCCUGGAAUCGACCGCAUAGUUGAAAGGAAAAUCAAGCAGUGUAUUCCUUGUCAAGCCACAUCCGCGUCCAAUCUUCGUGACCCAAUUAAUAUGUCUGAGUUACCUUCCGGUCCAUGGGUCAAUGUGAGCAUAGAUUUCGCAGAUCUGCCCAGCGGAGAGCAUUUACUCGUCAUCGUGGAUGACCACAGCAGAUAUCCCGUUGUAGAAAUCGUAACUUCCACGUCGGCGAAAGCGGUUAUCCCGAAGCUAGAUCGCGUGUUUGCCAUGUUUGGAGUCCCAGAAGUUGUCAGAAGCGAUAAUGGACCUCCAUACAAUAGCAUAGAAUUUGCAAAAUUCGCACAUUAUCUCGGAUUCUCUCACAGGAAAAUUACACCCCGCUGGCCGAGAGCCAAUGGCGAAGUUGAACGCCUGAUGCGUACCCUGAAGAAGGUCGUCCGCACAGCUGUCGCUGAGAGCAAAUCGUGGAAACAGGAGUUAUACCGGUUUCUUCGAAACUACAGAGCUACCCCGCAUGCAACCACUAGCGAAGCACCAGCGACACUGAUGUUUGGCCGUCCACUGCGUACGCGUCUCCCCGAAGUUCCGCGUCAAGUUGAAAAUUCACGCGUUCGUGAUCGCGACAGUCAGAAUAAAUCGCGAAUGAAGCGAAACGCGGAGCGACACAUGAAGAUGCGCCAGACGCCACUCAAAUGUGGUGACAAAGUCCUUGUCAAGCGUGAUGGCUACGUCGACAAGUUCACGACCCCUUUUGACCCUAAGCCUUUUGUCGUUGUCAGCACCAAAGGAUCCAUGAUCACUGCACGUCGUGGAAAGCAAACAAUAACUCGAAAUGCUUCUUUCUUUAAGGUGCUAGAUAUGUCUCUAGUUGUGGAUAACACUGACUCUGACUUUGACUGCUCUGACAAUGAACAAGACAAUGAGCAAAUGCCUGACAUUCCACGGAGAAAUCCAAUCCGUGAACGCAGACGCCCUAGGCGUUACGAUGAUUUUUUCUAG